AUGCGGAUUUGGAUUGCCUGCCUGGCUGUUCUACAAACUUUGGUCUGCGGACAGAUUGCGACGGUUUACGCGGCCGACCUGUUGAAUGAAGGAAUUCCAACCGCCGAUGAAUUGAGACUUCGGCCACAGACCUGGUCGGGCUUCAGCGGUGUCGCCUUUGCCGGUAGCGGAGUGGUUUCCGGCCGUGACGGUGUCGGAUGGGACCUGACCAUGCACUCCGGACUUCUUGGUGCCGCGGCCGGCUACGACACCCAGUUCGAUCGGAUCAUCCUGGGUGGUCAUCUGGAGGGAUUUUUCUCGAACUUUCAAAAAACAACCGACAGCGGCAAUGUCCGACAGUCCGCGGAAUGGAUCGCCUCCAUCACGGGGCGGCUCGGCUACGACGCCGGCCGGUUCAUGCCUUACCUUACGGGCGGCCUGGGUAUUGCCAAAUACAAGUUCGAACAGACCCGCCCCCGCGAGGUGAUUGAUUUACUUGCAUACGACUACGCCGUUACCUCGCCUGAUAGCUUUUCAGGUGGAACUGUGACCGACACCAGGAUGCUUUACGGACCUGUUGUCGGAGCGGGUGUCGAAACCAGACUGACGGACAAUCUGUUUCUGCGCCUCGACUACAAGCAUUUUCAUUUUCUCGACCGGGAUUUCCGUUUUCAAAACGGACAGCCGUUCGAAGCCGGUGCAACGGCCGACACCGUUGAUCUCGGCGUAGGUUUCCGCUUCUGA